AAUGCUCUUCAAGUUGGCUGUCUUGAAUUGAAGACACCGGAAGAUUUUGGCCGUCAAAAAACGAGUGUGUUGGCUCAAUUUUAGACAAAUAUUAAUCAAUUAUCACCUAAUUACUAUUUAUAAUGAUUGUUACGCUGUUUAAGUAGUCUUCAAAUUAGUUUAAUUGACUUAUCGCCGUGUCAACAACACGGAAGCGUGGUAGUCUUCUUUGUUUGAGUUUUUGUUAUAUCAUCAUGAUUUGUAGCUGUGAAUAAAUUAAUAUUUUGUUGGGUUUUCUCAUGGAAACUGACAAAAUGGAAGUGCGGGAAGCUGGGGACGGGGCUGCAGCGGGUGAAUUUGUCAGAGUUCCGUCAAAAAGAUACACCUGGUCCGAAGUAAGACAAGCUGUACAUGACUUGAGGAAGGAGUUGUCUUCUCUUUCCAUGAUGGUCCCUAUGGCUAUUUCCUUUCGGAAACUUGGUAACGGGAAGACCAGGAUCUACUUUCUGAGGACGCCGCAGAACGGUUGGGAGAUUACUUUGCUAUACACUGAUGUGACUCCAUCUCCUCAUGCCAAUAACACCAGAUUGGAAUGGAAACCACUCAUCGAGUCCAAUGUCGCACUAGGAGUAAACUCAGGAAAAUGGUCCAGAGAAGAACAGCUAUUAUGGGAGCGGCAACGUGUAGCAGCUUGCGGUAUCGCCUCCUAUGAGCUCCAUUCUAGUGGGCGGGUGUUAUUUCCGUGCUCUUCGUCGCUGUUCGUGUGUGAUGAAGGAGAAGGAAACCAGACGCCUCCAUUGGUACCUCGGGCUCUCCACCUCGGCAGCGGAGCGCCGCUGACGCCGGCUAUGUGCCCUCGCAGCCCCGCCCUCGUCGCUCACGCGGCUCGCGGGGACAUCUGGCUCGCGGGUCCUGGCCUGCGCCCACAGCGGCUCACAUAUGCCAGUACUGACAGUGCUAGAUUAAGCGACGACCCCAGGCAAGCCGGAGUGCCGUGCUAUGUGACUCAGGAGGAGUUCUCACGAUAUACGGGAUUCUGGUGGCAACCUUGCUCAGACGAUGAUGUGUUCAGGAUAGUGUACGAAGAGGUAGAUGAGAGUAAUGUGAAGAUAUUCAGUUUCCCUUCCUCACAGUCCAGUAGUGGAGAUGUAGAGGAAUUCAGAUUCCCAAGAGCGGGCACGCCGAAUGCCAAGUCAAUAUUGCGUCUGGUGACCUUCAAGCUGCAGAAGGCUUCGCCCACGGUCCUCGAUUAUUACUACGAAGGCAACUCUGACUCACAAUCGUCAGAAAACACGAACGACGCGGUGGAGGUGACGGAUAUCCGGUGGUUCGACCUCCGGCAGUCAUUGAAGGAGACCUUCCCCUGGUUCGAAUAUUUGGCCCGCGUCGGAUGGACGCCUUGGGGGGAUUACGUGUGGGUGCAACUACUAGACCGUAAACAGCAGAGACUGGAACUAGCGCUGAUCCCCGUGCGGGAGUUCUGCUCGCCCGCGCACUACCCCGCCGCGCCGCCGCGCGCGCCGCACGCCGCGCACGAACACCCCGAACAGCCAAUACAAAUCCUAGUCCAAGAGACAGCGCCGGACGUGUGGAUCAACGUGCACGACAUACUCCACUUUCUACCCUCACUAGAACCGGGCACAAUCCGGUUUAUAUGGGGUUCUGAGCAGACCGGGCAUUUGCACCUUUACCUCAUCACGUGUAGGAUAGCAAGAGGACCGCCAGAGCGAGUGAGAAGCGUAAUGGAAAUGAUAACUGAAGAAGAGAACCUAGCAAUCGGACCGAAUAUUAUUAGCAAGGAACCCAUCACCGCUGGCGAGUGGGAGGUCCUUGGCAGGAAAAUAUGGGUAGACGAGACCCGCAGCUUGGUGUACUUCGUCGGUCUCCGCGAGACGCCUCUCGAGAGGCACCUGUACGCCGCGCCGCUCGCGCCGCCGCGGCCGCACCAAGUCACCCUGCUCACUACCGUUGGACAUUCUUGUGCGGUCGAUAUGGACGAUGAAUGCACCCUAGCAGUUAUAACGUCGAGCAACAUAAGCACAGCCCCGUCCACGCGGGCGUACCGCGUGGCGCACACCCCGACGCCCUCCCUGGUCGCGCAAGGACUGCUCAUGGACCGAGCGCCGAGCGAAACGUCGUCUGACAGUCGAAGCUACAAUGGGUCGUGGGACAGUCGCUCAGGAGAUGGCGACAACGAUGACAAUGAUUCCAGUGAAGCCUCUAUACUCGUCAAAGAGCACGCUCUAAGUACCAGUGUAUGCGUACCUCCGCCCCAGAUCUUCACGACGCGCCUGUCGUGCGGCUUGCCGGCCUACUGCACGCUGUGGCGCGGCGCACGCUCCGGCCGCGGGCCCACCGUGCUGCACGUGUACGGCGGCCCGGAGGUGCAGACCGUCACCAACAGCUAUAAGGGCAUCAGACAACUCCGCAUGCACAUGCUAGCGGCGCGCGGCUUCAACGUGGUGGCCAUCGACUCGCGCGGCUCCAAGCACCGCGGCCGCGCCUGGGAGGGCGCCAUCCGGGGCAAGAUGGGGCAGGUGGAGCUCGACGACCAGGUGGAGGUAUUGCAGUGGCUGGCGAAAGAGACAGACUGCAUAGAUAUGGAGCGGGUCGCCAUACACGGCUGGAGUUACGGUGGGUAUUUAUCCCUGCUGGGGCUGGCGACGCGGCCCAACAUCUUCCGCGUGUGCGUGGCGGGGGCUCCGGUGACGUGCUGGCGGCUGUACGACACGGCCUACACGGAGCGCUACAUGGGGCUCCCGGCGCGCGCGCCGCACGCCUACACGCGCGCCUCCGUGCUGGCGCAUGCGCCCUUCUUCCCAGACCAAGAAGGCCGUCUACUAAUCAUCCACGGGCUAGCCGACGAAAACGUCCAUUUUUGCCACACGGCGGCGCUGCUGUCGGAGCUGGUUCGGCUUGGCAAACCUCAUCGGGUCCAGGUAUACCCAGGAGAACGCCACUCCCUCCGCGCCAUGCACGCCGCAAAGCACUACGAAGCCACGUUGCUUCACUUCUUACACGAAAACCUGUAAAUUGUAUUAUAUACCGUAGGUUAACUAGCGUAAGUCAUUGUCGCUUAGACGCCUAGCGCCAUCUAGUUGUAACGUACAUUAAACUGCAGCAAUUAUCUUUGAUUAAUCGAUACCGUCAACCGGGGUGAAUAGGGAUGGCUGGGGUGAAUACGGACAAAACUUUAUUUUUUCUUUAAAUAUGCUCACACAAAUUGUAUUGUAUUAAAUCUACUAUUAUUUUCAAUAGAAUGAUAUAAUUUUUGUAGUUAUGUUUUAAGGUAUCGUCAGGAAAAUCACAUUAAAAGUUUUGUCUCUAUUCACCCGAGCCAUCCCUAUUCACCCCGGUUGGCGGUAUUGAGAUACCGCCAACCGGGGUGAAUAGGGUCACCGGGUGUCACGCAAUACAACUCUGUUAUGUUUGGAGGAAGCUUCAAAAUCAAGUGCUUGGGUUUUUAUGUUUUUUCGACUUAUCCAAGAAUAAACUAAAACACGCUAUAAACUACUGUGUUUCGUUUGUUAGGUUUUAAAUCAAUUUGAUUUCGAUAGAUUUUGGACUUCAACAUGAAACUAAAAAAUAUAUUUGAAUUGACUCGAUUAUUUAUAAUGGCUCUAUAUUGAAUGAGGAAAGUGUCAAUCGGUUUUCAAAGUUCUUAUAUUGAUGAGAAAGUUAGUUCAAACAUGCUAUAUCAAUAGGCGGGUCCACACAGAACAAGACGCCUCGCAAGGAAUGUGCCGCGCGAGGCAGCUCGGUCGAUGGGGCGACAUCGACAUUGAUUUUUCUUACAAGGGGGUGGGAGGCCGUUUUCAUAGUUCUUACGUUAUAUCACAAAGAUUCGAUUAUAUUCAAAUGUCUAUGAAAUUAUGACGUUUAAAAUACUUCCACACUGUGCUAUCAAACACGGUGCAGAGUUAAUUUCCAUUACCUCUGUAGGUACAAAUAAACGUUCCAAAAAUAUAUUUUUUGUAUUGUAUUCAUUUUUUUCUUAAGGUUCUUAAGGUAAAAUGUCGGCCUAUUCUUAUAUUUUCUUACAUAUUACAGGGAGGGAGGGAGGGGGUUAAAAACUGGAAAAAAUUGUCUUACGUAAUAAUCUAAUAAAUGAAAGGCGCCUAGAGAUGUGCCUCGGUCGCGUUGCCUCGGGCAACUACACAAACCGAGUUUCGCGCGGUGAUUUCCUCGCGAGGCGCCUCGUUCUGUGUGGACGCGCCUAAUCACUGUCUCCUAUAAGUGUUGGUACUUUUAAGAGUAAGUAUUUACAACGGCUAUAUAAAUGCUUUUUUUAUAACUAUACUUAAAUGAAUUAUGUCAUUUCUCCAAAACGUAUUUAUGGCUUGAUAUGUAUGAAUUAAUUGUUGUGUAAAGAUUUUUCUCAAACUUCCAAUGAAAUGUUGACAUGACUUACUUCCAAUUAGAUCCGGAAAUACUACUUAUCCGUUACGAUGACUGGGUGUGUUUGCCUAAAGGUUGACUGGUAGAGAAUGCCUUUUAUGGUAUUAAGUCCGCCUUUUGUACUAUAAAGUUUUCUUUUGUGCAAUAAACAUUAAAUGAACAAAUAAGAUAUGUAAAUGAAUUUCAUACAGCCUUACACCACAAAACAGAUAGGUACAGAAAUCAAUCUACAUACAAAGUGCGCUCGAGCAACGCACACAUAGACACUGCUCUCGGACACGAUAUCAUGGACUGGUUGGGACUAGUGCGAGCGCGAGUGCCAUGCGCUUGAAACACGCGUCUGUGAACUUUUUUAAUCAAUAGUGGAGCAACAAAAAAAAGUUAUUUUAUCUGUUCAGUGGACGGUUGUUUAAAUUCAUCAUUAAACGGUGAAUUGUCGUUUUUAAGCUACCAGUGGUUUCAGAGAGGUAAGUAGGUAACUGCUUGUAUUUCGAUGGUUCGUUUUCACUUUACACAGAACAGUUAGGUAGGUAGGUGAGCGCCCCGACCCGGCCCCCGAAGAAUAUAUCUAAGAUCGUUUUAUAUAAUCGUUUGUAAAUUCAUGCCACCUUACGUAAGUUUGAAAAAGCUUUUUGUAUUGUAAUAGUCGUCAGGUUUAUUAUUUGUAGGAUAAUUGUACAUGAGAAUGCGAAUUUAUUACACUUUAAAAUAUAAUAAUCGUGCAUUUCGCCAAUGUCGAAAUCGUCGCAAGAUAUUUUCUGUGACAAAUUUGUAAUGUAACAAUGACAUUAAAAUUAAAAUAUUUUAGUUAUUAUUAAUUUAUAUUUCCAUUCUUCCCGUUUCAUUCUCAAAAAUAAAUUAAAGAACUAGAUACGAGGGCCACUACCAAAAUAGUUUUUAGUGCAUAAGCCAUUGACAACCCUAGAGGGACCGCCGAGCGUAGGUAUGAAAAGUGAAGUACAUACAUGGGAUUGACUUCUGUACAUAUCUGUUUUGUGCUUACACACCCAGGCAUGUAAAGCAAUCUUCUUUUUUUAAACGUCAAAUUGUGACAACGUCUUGGCAUUAUACCAUCAAAUAGGUAGACAACAAAAGUAGUAGAUUCGUAAUCUGUUAUAAAAUAAAUUUACAAAAUUUUUAUUUAAGCAAGUUUGAGAAAAGUACUAUACAAAUAUCGCCGAGAAACGGGGUUGCCGGUCGCGUAUCCCUAUCCGAUAUCUACUUGUUCUGCAACCCUUCGUUUCCCGGCCUCUACAGUAAUGUACUAUUACAUUGUUCUGUAGGCUGGUUUACAUAGGGGUGGAACAAAAAACACCUUUUGUGACUGUUGAAAAUUGUUUUAAUGGAAUUUACUUUUAAAUACUUAAAACUACACACUGUAAAGUUAGUUGAUUGACCAAUGGUAAUCUAUUUGAUUUUCUAUCUUAAUUGUAAAUAAAUUUAUGGCAAAAAUUCCAUUUUUGGUGCAAGCUUUUAUCGCUGACUGUACUUUUUUCCACAGGUAACUAAUACUCAUCGAGACAAUUCUAAAAACUCCAAACACAAUUAGGCUCCGUUGUUUUAUCACAGAGUUCCUAUGGCCACCUCCUGUCUCCAUCACCAGAUCAGCUCGAUGGUAUUGUCAUCCGACUUUCAUAUGUAUGCAAAUUUUCAGCUUCAUUGGAAGUCGGGAAGUGGGUUAACUUUAACUUGCAAAAUUUUACCCGUACAAACAUAGUUACAUAGAUACAUUGCAGGUUAAUAAAAAACCUUAUGCAAUUGUAUUUUAAGUUCAAAUUUCUUCAGUCAUUAGUCAUUAUAUAGUUCGUGUCAUCCACGAUGACGCGCAGAUUUGUCAAAUCUAACCUUUAAUUACAUGACGAUACGAGUUAAGGCCCGCGUCGUCGUGAAUGACACGAUCUAUAGUCGAUACUAAACCCCACCAACGCUGAACUGACAUUUGGAAAGGAACUCGAUUGACUUUAAUAAUUAUUAUACAUUGCGAAUAUAAAUGAAUUAUAGCGCACUGCUUAUAAUAUUAAAUUAGGUGUGUCUUAUAUUGUGGUAUUAUCAGAGAAUAGGGUUAUAAUCUUAUAAUACUUUUAAUAUCUUACACAAAACUGCGCGAAAAUAUCUGACACAAAAGAACCAAAAGGGGUGUCCCUUAUUUUUACGCGCUUCGUUGUACAGUUGCCAUCACAUAUAUCGGAGCAGCUUGAACACGCCUCUAUUGUCAAUGCGUUUGAGUGCGUGUUGAGAUAUUUUUGAGCAGCUCGGCCGCUCCGAUGUAUCUGAUGGCGACUGACACCUUGGCGACUGUACAAUGUAUUAUUGCAGACACAAAUGUGUUUAAAGUGAAAAUUUCUGAAGUUUAGGUAAUAAAUAAUAAUGAAAUUUUGAUCGCCACGGAUAUUUUAUAUAACACUCAAUAGUAAAGUUUAUUAGAAUGUAUUAAGGUUUAUUUUAUAUUGUAACCUUUGUCGGCUAUGGUCGACUGUGGCGGUCAAUGGGUUAAAUAAAAAAUGCAUUAAAUGCUCGGGUUUUUGAUUUAUUGUAAAUUUCGUGUUUGCGGAGCUUUGAAGUAACAUUUCUGCCGACACGGUAUCGCGACAGGGGUUAAGAUAAAAUAUCUGGGAGAUAAAGACUCAAAAAUGCGUGUUUUCCCAGAGAUCUGGUCCCUAGUUAGGGCCAUGUCCCCGAAAUAUAUAAAUAUACAAGAAUUGCUCCUUUAAUCUUAUACCUAAGAUACACACUAAUGUGUAUGCAGCAUGGAUCUGAAUUUUGUUCGUAUUCGUAUAAAAUAAGUAGAUAUUCUUUAUCUUGUAUAACAAAUUAAACAAUAAAAUACAAAACAAAAUAACGAUUUAUUCACAUAAUCAUUAUUCUUAUUCCUUUAAAAGAUUUGAAUUCUUAUUUCGGGGAUCUUGGAAACGGCUCUAACGACUUCGAUGAAAUUUGCUAUAUGGGGGUUUUCGAGGGCGAAAAAUCGAUCUAGCUAGGUCUUAUCUCUGGGAAAACGCGCAAUAAUGAUUUUUUGUUUUCCGAGCAAAGCUCGAUCUCCCAGAUAAUGUUUUUAUAAGUUACAUAAUCUUGAUUAGGCGGGCCCACUCAGAGCGAGCAUACGCGCGAGGCAAUUUCCUCCCGAGCUCGUUUUCCUCGCCCGAGGCACGUCUACACUGGCCGUUUUGUGUGCGAGGAAAUUGCCUCGCGCGUAUGCUCGCUCUGUGUGGACCCGCCUAUUGGCCUUAUCGCUCCUAUUUAUAAUUGUAUUCUCUGAUAUUAUGGUGUUGUGUUGUUUAGUGACAAUGUAAUAUUACAAAUAUAUCUAGCGCAAAAUAUACUAGCUUAAAAUUUAAAUGUAUUGUAAAUACUUAUACAGAUAUACAAUCACGUCCAAGGCCGUAUUCGGAAAUAUGUUGCGUCUCUUUCAUUUCUCUGUCUCUUUCACAAAGGAAACGUAAGAGAUGCAACAUGUUUUUGUAAAUUGUAGGCCAUCCAAGCAUAUACCGUUAUGUACAAAAUUUAACACUUAUUCAAUUGUUUUGUUUUGUUUUAACCUUUUGUCCGCGAAAAUUUUCACGCACACGCUAACAUCAUUGCUAGCUAUAAAUAAACCUUACUUGCAAGGUUAAUUUGACAGCGAAAGGGUUAUGGGCAUGAUUCCAGACGCUUUUAAGGGUCUUAAGGCAUUCAAACGGUUAAAAUAAAACAAAAGUAAAAGCGACUCUGUUAUUAUUGAAAUAAAUAUAUUUGAUUAAA